AUGACCAAGGCCUCUCUUAUACCCGCCUCUGCGCCCACAUCCCCGGUCGUCCACCGUAACAAGCAAAAUCAUCCCCCGACGACCCCUCAACGCCCUCUCCAUCACUCCAUAAGCGCACGGCAUUAUGCCUCUCCAUUCACCCCCGCGACCCCCGUCUCGAACCCUUACACGCCUCUCGGCCUUCGCUCUUUCUCUUCUAACGGCUCCAGUAUCGCGACACCUGCAUCCGCUGCUGCCGCAAGACGGCGCAACUUGAGCCUGUCCCUAUCUCCCCCUGAUUUGCAAGUAAACGCACACCCUGCCAACCGCAGCUUGGCCGAUAUCGCUCAGAACUGGAGGACGCGAGCGAAUGAAAAUGGUAUCAAGGUUAGCCCUGGAGAUGAGUCCAAGUUUCAACUCGAUGAUUGUAGCAUGUCCGAACUCAGCCAAGCUUCAAUAGAUGAAUCUCUUCUCCCAGCCCCCUUCCUCUCGAGCCAACGUCGCGCCCGCGCUAUGUCUCACGCCCAGGCGCCGCUCCUCCCUGUUGUGGACAAUAUCCAACUCGGCGGCACCCCCAACCGUUCGCCUGGGUAUCGACUUCGGGGAAGCACGUCGGAGUUGUACAACAUAGACGAAGACGACUACGCGCCCUAUCCCAACGCCUUCUCUCCGCCCGCGCAUUCCCAAACACUCCCUCUUUCCUUGAACGACCCUUUCAACACUUCCAACAUCUCGCUGUCAGCCCUUCGACAUCUCCGAGCCCGUUCAAUUCUACGAGACACCGCAUACAUCCCGCCGCCUUCCCAGCAAUACCCCGCGCCUUCAGCGUCCAAGUGUUCAGUGUGUGGGCUCAUCAAAGGCUCCAUCGCUGUUCUUAAGCCUUGCGCUCAUCCACUGUGCUCGACCUGCCUCACGAGUGCACUCAACAUCGUCGGUGAGAAGGACAUGGAGUGCGCGAUGUGCCAUGCCAAAGUGGACGACUUCACCCUGUGCAAGAACAGCCCCGAGUCCAGGCUACCUGCUCCUUCUGAAAUGAAGCUCCAGCGUAUCAUCGAAGAAUGCAACGAAUAUGAGGAGUUCGACAGCGGCAUCGGUCUUCUGCCCAGCGCCUUCAGUGGGACCAACGUCGGCGACAUGGGCCUCUUCGAGGACGACGAGUUUUUUAUGGACCGUGCGCAGGGCACUUCGACUCCUGUUGCGAUGUCUCGGGCAUUCCAGGAGAGCAAGAUAUCAGAGCGUGUUGUCUUGCGUAUCGACAAUGUCCCUUGGGACAUCACACCUCCUGCUAUUGCAGCAUGGCUCAAGCAUCCGGUGGAGCGUGUCCAUGUUCUAUUGGACCAUGUCGACGAAGAAGCUGCGAAGGCGGCCCUGCGUACGUCUCAGAACUCGGUUCUAGGUAAGGGCAAGCGUGCUCGUGGCGUUACCGUCACUCGGAGCAGCCAGGAGGAGCUCAUGCGGGCUUUAUUCCCCUCGUGGCAAGGCAACUUUGACGGCUCUAGGCCUUCACUUGCCGGCCUCAGCAACGAGCAUGUUAUCUCUACCCUUCAACGUGGCCUUGUCUCUGAGACUGAGCUCAACUCUCUUCUUCACCUCAUCAAGGCUCCAGACAGCCACUUCCUCAAAGUUCCGUCUCUGCCAUUCUACUCCUUGAUCAGCAUUCUGUCCAAGUUCCCCGCCGAUGACGAUAGCCGAGUCUUCUGGUCCGGCAACAUGCGAGAUUCCCUUUAUGCGGCCGUUCACAUUUUGGUUGCCCGCAUUGAGGAGAACCCGCUUUCGGACUGGGGUGUUCUGCUCAAGGAUAUCGUUCGUGCGGCUCUCAGCUGCCGAGGUGACUUUUACUCGGAGCAGAUGAACAAGCUCACGGACGCUACCUCUUCCCCUCCCCAGUCUCCGAAGUCUCGCGGCUCUGCCUCCAGCAGCAGGGCGUCGAUGCGCAGUGGAAGGGCAAGCCAGUCCCCAGCGGGUCUGCCACCGCAUGCGUACGGACAUCUGGCAAAAGAAUUUGGGGUUGAUCCCCUCGUCGUCGAAGCGCUUGCGCAGCGGCUCUCCUCCAUUCACUGA